UUCCCUGUGGUGGGUGUUAUCCGUGAAUCGACCUCCCACGAGCCGUCUGCGUUGACGAAACAGUGAGCGUGAUCACGGGGUCUCUAUAAGUAGACUGAAGAAGAGUCAGUGAGCGAUGACAACGAGGAAGGACCAGUCCAGAGGAGCUCAGGACCCGAACCUCACCGCUCGACAUGGAGAUGCCCGCUAACCUGAUCCUCCGCAUGGUGCUGAUCUCCGCGCUCAUCGCCUGCAGUCCUACGGAGGCGUGGUACAAGCAGGUGGCCGGGCCAAGCUACUACUCGGUGGGCAGAGCGUCCGGUUUGUUGUCCGGCAUCCGGAGGUCACCGUACGUCAGGAGAGCGGAGCUGGAGCCGUCAGACAGCGGAGAGUCUGCGACCAACAGCCUGUUUUCUGAAUUAACUUCGCGCAACUCCAUUCUGAAGACAAUGCCUGUUUGCAUCAAAGACAUUACACCAAACCUGCAGAGCUGUGAAUUGCUCCAGGAGGUCAAGGGUUCGUUCAAGUGUAAAGCGGACGUUCUUCUCUCCCUGGACUCCUCGGAUUGUGCAGGAGACUGAUCAGUGAAGCCGACAACUGUUGCUGCAGGAUGAAGCAAACUUCGAGGGCAUGACAUUUUAAAAAAAUUUAUAUUUUAAUGUGAAGUUUAACAAAAGGUGUCGCACCACAUGGAAGAUGUGCUACUUUUAAUUUACUGUCAUCACUUUAUUUAUUGAUUUUAUGAUUAAAAUGAUCAUUAAUCUUUAAACUGUAAAAGCAAAGCAUUGAUGUAAAUACCUGAACUGAGUUUUCAUUAAUAAAUGAAUCAUGUUGCAGCCCCUUGCUGAAAUUACUGAAUGGAAAACAGAUUAGUGCUUGUUCUUCUUCAUGAACACUGGAGGUAACUAAAUCAUUUAAUAUACUGUGUUUGACAUUAAAAACCAAUUAGAAAGAUAUUUACUCUUACACAAAGAUGAAUUAUUCACUUAGUGGUCAUUUAGUGGCAUGUCAAAAAGACUUGAGAGGGAAAAAACACUCAAUAUUGGUGUUUUCAUUAAUAUUUUUUUUC